AUGACUAUUCACCGUAGAAAAUAUUAUGUACCAACCCCUAACAGCCUAUGGCAUAUAGAUUCGGGCCACAAAUUAAUAAGGUACAAGUUGAUAACACACGUCUGUAUCGAUGGGAAAACAAGGUUAAUUUUGUAUGCUGCUUGCAGAGACAAUAACAAAGCAGAAACAGUCCUUUCUUUGUUUCAAAAUGCGGUGCAGAAAUGGGGGUUACCCUCACGCGUCCGAUGUGACUACGGUAUGGAGAAUUAUCAUGUUGGUGCCUACAUGAUACAGCACCGCGGACCAGCCAGAGGCAGCAUCAUUACUGGAUCAUCUGUCCAUAACUCUCGAGUUGAGAGAACACAUCGUGAUGUCUAUUCUGGGGUGUUAGCAUUCUAUUCCCGUGUUUUUCAACAACUGGAAGAUGAAGGCAACCUUGAUGUCCUAAAUGAUGUUCAUAUUUUCAGCUUACAUCACAUCUACAUUCCAAGAAUACAGAAUUCUCUAGAGGAGCUUGUCAGUCAAAUGAAUAAUCGGCCAGUAUCAACUGAACGAAACCAUUCACCACUUCAAAUGUGGGAGAGGGGUAUGUUAGAGAACUUGCACUCUGGACAUACUGCACUGAGUGAGACUGAGAUUGAACAUUUGGGGGUAGAUCCAGAUGGUGUGCUUUCAGUGGAGGUUGAGGAUUAUCAGGUAGAGAUUGAUCCACCAUUGGUCAGCCUUUCAGAAGAACAGAAAGGAGAACUUCCAGAUCCUCUCACAAAUGAUGGAAACAGUGGAAAAGAUAUUUACUUGCAAUGCAUUGAGGUCGUUAAUGGAUUUCUUUGCUCUAGUUAA